UGUGUUGGGUGCCCAAUGGGGCUGCGUGUGGGCGUGACCUUGGCACUGUGCCUCCUUGUCGCACUUUGUGUUCAUGCAACUGCCACAAACACAACUGCUCGUCCUUUCAGCUGCGAAACCUGCAAUUGUCAUGGCCACAGCAACGAGUGCAAAUACGAUGAGGAAGUGAAUCGCAAGGGUCUCUCCCUGGACAUCCAUGGACACUACGAUGGCGGCGGCGUCUGUCAGAAUUGUCAGCACAACACCGAAGGCACCAAUUGCAACAAGUGCAAGCCCAAGUUCUAUCGUCCUCGUGGCAAAUACUGGAAUGAAACAGAUGUCUGCACUCCCUGCAAUUGCGACCUGUCCUACUCAACGGGACACUGCGAGGAGGAGACGGGCAAAUGCGAAUGCCGUGCCGCCUUCCAGCCACCCAACUGUGACUCCUGUGCCUAUGGCUACUACAAUUAUCCGGAGUGUCGGGAGUGCGAGUGUUAUUUGAAAGGCACCGGGGGUGAAUACUGUGAGACUCUCUACGGUUUUUGUCCCUGCAAGACACCCUUUGCUGGCCGUUUGUGUAAGGACUGUCUGAAGACCUACUAUGGUUUUCCCGAGUGCAAGGAAUGUCAGUGCAAUCCUUUCGGCUCCAUCAACAACGAAUGCGAUGUGAUUUCUGGCAACUGCACCUGCCACAGCAACUGGGAAGGAGCUCAGUGCGAACGUUGCAAGGAUGGCUACUACAAUAAACCAAGCUGCACCAACUGCUAUAGCCUCUACAAAUAUCCUACGUGCCAGCCCUGCAACUGUUCCAGCAUGGGCAGUUCCAACAGUUCCUGUGAUAAUACCGGCCAAUGUAACUGUCUGAUCAAUUAUUCUGGAAAACAGUGCAACAUGUGCAGCGCUGGAUACUAUAACUAUCCGUAUUGCUUGCCCUGUAACUGCGAUGAACAUGGCUCCGAGGGCGUUACCUGCAAUGAGGAUGGCUGUUUCUGUAAACCCAAUUUCGAUGGUCGCCAAUGUGACAGAUGCAAGGAGCCGUUCUACAACUUUCCGUCCUGCAAGGACCGCAAUAGUGAUCUAGUUUCAAUGGAAUCUGACCAUUAGCAAUUCAGAGGGUUGCCAGUAAUGUGAUUGCUUCAUAGAUGGCACCAUCUUGGGACUAGGCACUUGUGCCUCCAAGUCGGGAUUUUGUCAUUCUUAAAGUCAAUUCGCCGUAAAAUGCAGAAAGACUUCUGAGCAGCCAACCAAUCGAAAAUUUCCUACAUUUCUGAGUGUACUUACGUAAUUAUAAGUAGGUUUUUUCAGAUGUUCUCAAAUUUAAAGGAAUAAAUUCUUAUGGUCGUUUCCUCAAUCACUUA